AAAACGUUGAAUGUCUGACUCUUUGUAGCUUGAAGCUAACAUCCAACGCGUCGCACCACAGCCGCCGUCACCGUGUAGCGGCACGCGACAGGAUGUUGUGGUGUGACGGCAUCAAACAGCGACUCGUGAGACGUCGGGACACAACCUGGACAUGGACUUCACAGAGUGCUACGGAGACUCGGUCUCCAGUGUGGCUGCUGCAGCUCGCUGCGGCUGCAGGCAGCGGGUGAGGAGGCUGAUAAAGAGGGGCUUCAGUGUGGACUGUCGGGACAACCGAGGCUGGAGGGCCCUGCAUGAGGCUGCAGCCGCCGGCAGUGAGGACUGUGUGCGGGAAAUACUGUCUGCUGCCGGCGCAGGCUCCUCCAGUGGCUGCCGUGCCUAUGUGAACUCUUUGACACACGAGGGGGAAUCUGCAUGUUACCUGGCAGCCAGGCACGGACACCUGGCAGUGGUCCGACUCCUCCUGAAAGCACACGCCAACAUCAACCAGCUGACAAACGACUUAUCCUGUCCUCUGUAUGCAGCUGUGGACGGUGGAUACAAGGAGGUUGUAGAACUGUUGGUCAGUAAAGGUGCAGAGGUCAACAGGACACACACCGCGUCCUGCUGGACCUGCCUACAUCAAGCUGUUUAUAAGGGUCACAGUGAAAUUGUGCGCAUACUGGUCAAUGUGUGCAACUUGGAAGCACUAGAUGACCAUAAGAUCUCCCCUCUCUUUGUGGCUGCACAGUAUGGACAGCAGGAAUGCCUGGAAAUCCUUGUCAAUGCUGGUGCCAAUGUGAGCACCCAAGCAGCUGAUCUGGCCACGCCGCUGCUGAUUGCCUCUCAGGAGGGCCACCAGGCAUGUGUGGAUUUCCUGUUGGACCACGGGGCAGAUCCCAACAUAGCCUGCAGUCACGACUGGCCCCAGCUUCCCAUUCAUGCUGCUGCUGAGUUUGGCCACAUCGGUGUCCUCAGGAGGCUGAUAGCUGUCACAGAUCGUGUGUGUGACCGUGGUGAUGGCAUGGUGAGUCCAUUGUACGUGGCCGUCCACAGGCAUCAGAGCAAGAGCGUGGAGGUGCUCUUGAGGGAAGGUUACAGCCCAGACGCCCAGGAUUGCACGCACAUCCUGGGCCUCUGUUCACCACUCUCCUUCGCCUUGUGUAGCACAUCCAACAAACCAUACAGUGAAUCAGUGAGGUUGCUGAUAGCUGCAGGAGCUAGUUUGAACGAGGAGGACUGGAUUUAUGCCUUGGCCACCGACAAAACUGACCUGCUGCAACUAAUACUGGAGCACAGAUGGAUCCCUCGACCGGAGACUUUGACCAGGAACUGUUCUGUACCACAUCAUCAUGGGAAAACUGUGUUAAAGCUGCAGGAAAUGAGGGGGCUGCUCUGUGUGGCACUAAACCAAGUACAUUUUGCUGCGUGCUGGCUUCCUCUGCUUCUGAAAGCAGGACUGGAACCUUCUCUGCUGCUUCAGCCUCAUAUGUUUGAACAGGCAGACAGCGAGGUGUUGAAUUACCUGCUAGAGUUUGUAAACUGGUCGACUCUGUCGCUCCCUUUGAAACAUAUCCUGGAUCGAAGACGAGCAGAGAAGACGUGGGAACCAUGUCCAUAUUUUGAAUCCAUUACCUGUCUUUCCCACAUCUGUCGGCUGCGGGUUAGGUCAGUGUUGGGACCAGAUGUACUGAUGAGGACCAACGUGAUCCAGCAGCUCCCUGUGCCCUCCCCACUUCAUGGCUUCCUCCAGUUCAGAAACAUCCCGGAAGCUUCCUACAAACACUCACCGCCAUCAGCACUUUCAGAUCGAAUACAGGAACACAGCAGUACACACCAACACAGACAUGUUCUGUAACCCCAUGCAGUUGUCCCCUUCAUGCUGCUGUGAGGUUGUUGAAAUCAUCUUAUUUCAUAUAUGUGUUCAGCUUGUUACAGCUCCUUGUGGAAGCUAUAUGAUGCUACAUGAGUGUAAAAUUCAACUACACGUGUUUAUGGCUGCACUAUUUCCAUCAAAUGGAAAAAAAACCAACAUAUUUGAUGUAUUUGGAGACAUUGAGUCUGUGGGUCUGACUACACAUGUGGGUCAGGAAGAUGAUACUUCCAUAUGUUACUUUUAAAUAAAUAUUUCCUACAUUUGCAUAUUGUAUGUGUGUGUGUGUAUAUAUAUAUAUAUAUAUAUAUAUAUAUAUAUUUAUAUACUGUUUGUAUUCAUGUUUCUCUGUGCCAGUAGAUUCUUUGAUUAAAUUAAAUGAGUCAAAUAUCAAUAAAUCCCCAAAACAAGUAAUAUUUUUGGUUGAGUUUACACAUCGAUAUUGUGUUUGUGCUGUAAAUAAAAGAAUCGAUAUUGUGUUUGUGCUGUAAAUAAAAGAAUCGAUAUUGUGUUUGUGCUGUAAAUAAAAGAAUCGAUAUUGUGUUUGUGCUGUAAAUAAAAGAAUCAGCUGUUA